AUGGCAGACAGUCCACCCGCUGCGUUCACGGUCACGGAGCAUGUUAUUGAUACCCAAUACAUCCGCGAAUUUCCGAAUGCGACAAUUCCUCAAGAUUCGCCUUUGAAGCUUGUGGUAAAAAGGUAUACGCCUAUCGAUAACCCGGAUCCUCGACCAGGCAAUGUGACCAUUAUCGCGGCUCCUGGAUGCGGGCUUCCAAAGGAACUUUACGAGCCGCUAUGGGAAGACAUUCUAGUGCAAAGUAAACAACAAGGAUUUCGGAUUGGGUCGAUUUGGAUUGCAGAUAUGGCGAAUCUAGGUGCCAGCGGUGUUGUAAAUGAGGAGUUGCUCGGUGACGAUCCGUCCUGGUUCGACCAUCCUCGGGAUAUCUUAUACAUGGUUAAUCAGUUUCGCCAUGAAAUGCCGAGACCCAUUAUUGGUAUAGGGCAUAGUAUGGGUGCAACUCAAAUGGCUCUCUUGUCGAUUAUGCAUCCCCGCCUGUUCACGUCGUUGGUCCUUAUCGAACCAUCCUUGACAAACAGCGUAUUGGUCUCCGCAAUGUAUGCAUUAUACGCACUCAGGCGGCCGGACAGUUGGGCGUCCAAAUCUAGCGCGAUAAAAUCGGCUGCCAGUAUGUGCCAAGGAUGGGACUCUCGUGUCGUGGGGCGGUGGAAUGAGCAUGAAUAUCGCAGCUUACCGACGACCAUUUACCCACACACAGCUGUGGAAACCGAAUCUAUCGACGGGCCAGUAACUUCGACCAGCUCAAAAUAUCAAGAAGCCAUGCUCCUUGUUCGACCGAACUUCAAAAGUCAUACUAGUCAAGCACUAGCAGACUCUACCAAAGCGCCUACGUAUGACCGCCUGGCAUACCCUGAUAUCAUCGAUCCUCCAGACCCAUGCAUCCCCUUCUAUCGAAGCGAGGGACCCAUUGCUAUGAAGAUGCUCAAACAUAUCCGGCCAUCAGUAUUGUAUUUGUAUAGCGAGGAGAGUCCUAUGGCAACACCAGAGGCCCGAGCUCGAAUUUUAGAGAGAACAGGUGCGGGAAUUGGGGGAAGCGGCGGAGUGAAACGUUUCCAAGUUAAGAUGACAGUUCUGCAAGAGUGUGGUCAUAUGUUGCCUUUUGAAAAGACAACUGAAACCGCUGCGCUUAUUGGCUCGUGGAUUGGCCAGUCUGUACAGAGGUGGCAGAAAGAUGAACUGCGAGUGCGUCAGAAAUGGUCUAAUCAGUCAACUACGGAGGCACUGGCUGCACCUGCUAGGUGGAAACCUAUACUGGAACAGGUUUUCAGGUCUGAAGCGCAGAAAAAUGUGUCCAAACUGUGA